AUGCGCAGCAUAUCAAUUCUUGGAAGACGUAUUGUGAAUGAUGAUUGGCCAGACAAUAUACCUUAAAUCAGCAAAUAAUGAAAUUAGCAAGUGAAUCAUUAUCGUAUCAACUAUCAACUUUAUCAUAACUGAAAAAAAACAAUAUAACUAACUAUGUAUAGUAUAAUAAAAAAGAGGUUAAAAAAUCAAACAUAUGAUCCAUCAUGCUCUUAAUGAAUAUCUCAUAUAUGGAACUAGCCAUGUAACGAUAAAAAUUCGGUUGAUAAAAAAAACCAAAUCAUAUCAUUUAAAUGUAAUUUUUUUUCCCACAAAAAAAAAAAUUAAUUUAAAUAUAAAAGGGUUGAAUUUUAUUUUGUGGAAGUAUCAACCUUUUUGCAGAGUUUGUAAAUUUAAAACUUGAACUCACUUGACUUAUAACAACAUGUCUGGCUUUCGAGGUCUUCCACUUUUGGUUAUGACUGAUUCUUAUAAACCUUCUCACUCACUCUUAUUUCCUGAUUCCGUAAAGAGUGUUGCAUAUGGAGAGUUUAGGAAAAGUUAUGAUAAUGAUAAAGAAGAUACGCGUGUUUUGUUCUGUGGAAUCCGAUACAUAAUUGAAAACUAUAUUGCUAUUAAAUGGACUCAAAAGGAUGUGGAUUUGGCUGAAAAGUUUUUUUCUACUCAUAAUGCUGGAUUUACACCCUUUCCGUUCCCUAAAGAUUUGUUUCUAAAGUUUAUCAAAGAAAAUGAUGGAUAUUUUCCGGUAAAAAUUGAAGCUUUACCAGAAGGUACUUCAUGUCAUGUGCAUACUCCAGUUUUUCAGAUCACUGCCGAGAAAGAAUAUUCUUCGUUGGUCACAUUUUUGGAAACGCAACUUACUAUGGUUUGGUAUCCAACAACGGUUGCAACUCUUUCGCGUCGCGCACGUGACCGAAUAGAAAAAGCUUAUCAAGAAACAGUUGAUGAUGAUGGAUACUGGUCAUUGGAAAGUCGAUUACAUGAUUUUGGAUUUCGAGGAACUACUUGCAUUGAGCAAUCAAUUAUUGGUGGUUCAGCUCAUUUGUUGAAUUUUUCUGGAACAGACACUAUGAGCGCCGCUUAUUAUGUUCAAUUUACAUUGAAUAAUGGUAAUCCUAUUGCCACUUCAAUUCCGGCAACUGAACACUCGAUCAUGACGGCAUAUAAAUCAGAAAGAGAAGCUAUGCUACAAGUGAUUAAUCAGUAUGGUUCUGGAGCGUAUUCAUGUGUGAUGGAUUCUUAUGAUUAUUCCAAUGCAUUGAACAAGAUACUUCCGUCAAUUUCCAAGCAAAAAAAUGAAAAAGGUGGAUACAUGGUACUAAGACCUGACAGUGGUGACCCAGUUGAAGCUGUCUUAAUGGCUUUAAAAGCUGCGGAUGAAGUGUUUGGUAGCGAUGUUAAUAAAAAAGGGUAUAAAGUGAUACGUGGAGCUGGUGUCAUCCAAGGUGACGCUAUAACUAUUAGUAGUUUAGAAAAAAUUUUGAAAGCAAUAAAAGAAGCCGGUUACUCUGCUCAAAAUGUUGCCUAUGGUAUGGGUGGCGGUUUAUUACAAAAACUUAAUCGUGAUACCAUGAGUUUUGCUACCAAACUUAGUCAUCUUACCUAUAGUGAUGGAGAAGCAAGGGAUAUCAUGAAGACGCCAAAAUCCGAUACCGGAAAAAUUAGUUUACCGGGUGAAUUCGGUGUUAUAAAGAACAAAGAGGGGGUUCCGAUCGUUCAUCCAAAAGAAAAUUGUUUAGAAAAUGAUCCGAAAAAUUUAUUAAAGGUUGUAUAUGAUCAUGGUAAAGUGUGUGAAUGGGAAGAUUUUGAUACUAUUAGGAAACGUGUUGCAAAAGAAUGGCCAUCUUUACCACCUACAUAUGAUAACAUUAGUCCUGAACUUAAGGUUAAAAUUGGAAAAGUUGUACAGGAGAUCAAGGAACGUCAAAAGAAUUCAUAAAUAUUUUAUAAUUUACCAUGUAACAUAUAUAUACAUAAUUCACAUUUUUUUUUAUUUUAUUUUUUUUUU